UUUUUAUGUCCUUUUACUUGAGAGUAAUGCUAUUUAGUAUGACUUGCCAAACACUGCUUGUGAAAUCAAUCUAUGAAAAUAAAAUUCAUGGUUGUUCUUAAGCUAAAUUAAUCAUCCACACUUGCUAUAUUAUCAUUUUGCUUGCAUGAAGAGCUACAUGCUGAGGGAAUAGACAUAUGUCAGAAUUGACUUCUGAUGGUACGAAGGAACCAAACUUGUUUUAUGCAUCCUCCUGUGUCAUCAUGAUGAGAACCUUCUCACUGGCCACAUGAGAUUUGACCAGUAGAUAAUUCCAAUAUUAGUUGGCAGCAUUUUCUUGCUAGGAAAGAAGAAUUAAUUAUCACAGGGAAGAAAGUUGACAACAUGGCUGCCACCUUCAUGGUGAUGUUUAGUGUGAUCUGCUUCACCUACCACUGCAUGGUGAGACGUACGUACAUAAAACCUAAAUUACUCGUGCCAAUCUUAAGAGUUGAGGCAUGGUAGAUUGAACCAACCAAAAUUACAAUUGAACCCUGUGCUUCAGCUGGUAUUUUCUUGCCAACCGGACUGAGAAAGGACCUCUACCCCUUCGUAGUCGCUGUUCCUUCCCUUGCGUGGGCCCCAAAUAACUGUUGCAGUCAUCAGUCUGGUAGAACCGUCGGGUAUGAGUUGGCCGGGAAGGGUACUCAGCAUCUUACACGGAGCGGUUGCUUCGUGUGGUGCUCUCCAGUGGGUCCCAUGCGGCUUUCCGGUAAUUUAGCGUGUACCGAAUGGGUAUGAAGAGAAGAAGCGUGUGGGAGCUGAGAGGGGUAGCGGUGAAACGAACACGGUGGCGGUUGAUGAAUCAAUGGCGGCAAAAGCAGAGUCCAGAGAGGCGCCUCCUCAGCCACACGGCAGCGCCGGUGGGACCGCCACACUUCUCUGUUGUCUUUCCUCCCUUCCCCACCUUUUUCUUCCAUCCGUCCGCGUCGCCAUCAUCCCCAACCUCCUCUCCCUCUUUUCUCCUCCUCCUCCUCCUCCUCCUCCCUUCAUCGUCCGUCGAAACGUGAGAGGUGGUAGGGGAGAGAGAGUUCGAAAGGGAGAGGCAAGGAGGAGAAGAGGGUGAGAUGGAUAUGGUGUUGUGUGAUGAGCUGGUUCAGGAGAUCCUGCGGCGGCUGCCUCCCUCCUCCGCCCCGUCCGUCUCCCUCGUCUCCAAGCGUUGGCUCUGCCUCCUCCGCUCCUCCACCACCUCCCUCUCCCUCCGCAUCCCCCCACAUCAAACGACCCCGAUUAUUUCUACGAGCGAUAAUUCGCCAUCACUCCCCUCCAUCCUCUCCCACUACCCCUUCCUCACCGACCUCACCGUCGUGGACGAGGACAACCCCGCCGACGACCUCCUCCUCCUCAUCGCCGCCGCCGCCUGCUCCUCCCGUCUCGCCCACCUCCGCUUCCUCCCGGCCUCCCCUCUAUCCCCUACCGCCCUACUCUCCUCCUCCGCCGCCCUCGCUGGCCUCACCACUCUCCAAAUCGCCUCCCUCCUCCCCCUCUCCUUUCGCUGGCUCUCCUUCCUCCCCUCCCUCAAGUCCUUCUCCCUCGUCCGCUCCCGCCCCAAGCGCCCCCCCUCCUUUCGACAAGAAGCGCAACAGCCGCCGCCGGCUGCUGACGACGAGGACGACGAUGGGGACCGGUCGGCCCUCAUGCUGCUGCCGCUGGAGAGCCUGUCGUUGUCUGGCAUCUGCGCCUCCGACCGCGGCCUCUCCUGGCUGUGGCGCCGCUGCGCCGGCCUCCGGUGGCUGCAGCUGCGCGCCUGCGAGGGAACCGGCGACGGCCCCUCCUCCCCCGUCUUCCCCCUCUGCCUCCCGGGUCUCCUCGUGCUCGAGCUCCGCACCUGCCGCGCUAUCGCCGACCGCGUCCUCCUCCACGCCGCCGACCACUGCCGCGCCCUCACCUCCCUUCUGCUCUACGACGGCGGCAGCCGCGACGCCCUUCACCACUUCAUCCGCCGCCGCGGCGCCGCGCUCCGCACCCUCGACCUCCGCCUCCCGCUCGACCUCCACAACGACCACCUCUUCGCCAUCGCGGCCGACGACCGCGGCGACAUUGGCAAGCCUGGGGGCCACCGGCUCGCGGCGCUCCGCCUGCACAGCUGUUGCCUGGUCACAGGGGACGGACUCCGGUCGCUCGCCCGGUCUCCCGCUGGCGCGGCGAUCGAGGAGCUCGCCCUGGUGAACUGCGAUGUGGUGGAGAAGGAGCCCGGGCUGCUGACCUGCCUCAGCCAGAGCAUGCAGCGGCUGCGGAGGGUGGACUUGUCCCACAACGAGGGUUUGGCCGACAAGGAAGUGGGAUCGAUGCUGGCUUCUUGCAGGAAUCUGGUGGAGAUGAGGGUGAGGGGGUGCAGAGCACUGACGGGUGCUGCAUUGAGUUCCUUGCUGAAGCACUGUGGCAAGCAGGUGGAAGUCGUCGACAUCACUUGGUGCCCAGGAAUCGUCAGUGAUGCUGUUGAGAUGCUGGUCAUGAAUGCCUCCUGCCGAUUGAGGCAAUUGAUGGUCGAGGAAAGCAAAGUCAAUGAAGCUGCUGCAGUUUGGCUGUCUCAGAAAGGGAUCAAGAUUGGUUGAUCAGAAGAAAGUUCUUCACAUGGCAGCAACAAAGAAGGGGAAUGCAGAUGGAUCCUCCCCAACCAAUCCAGGAGAGCAAAGUCAGGGAUAGAUGCUGUUUCAGAAAGGGAUUAAGAUUGGUUUGAUCAGAAAGGAGGAGGAGGAGGUACAUAUUUAUCCAAGCCAUAAAAGCAACUUAAUUUUAUCUUUCUUGCAAAUAAAUAAAAGUUACUGCAUACGUCUCUUAGUUGUUCAUACUGUAAAAUAAAAAUUCUUAUAAAAAUGUGAUGCACUUUCUGCUAGCAGACAACCUUCCUUAUCUAAAGAGUAGUGCCAUUAUACUCAUGCUUUCAUCUGUACCUUGUUUUAGUGAUUGUAUAUGCUAGCUAGCUAGUAUGUAUGACUUACAAGAGAGCAAUCAAUUAUGAUGAAACAUCAUGAUUUUUUUUUCUCUCUCUCUCUCUCUCCUUUGUGAAAAAGGAUUGAGAAAAUACCAUGUCUUUUAUGUAUUUUCUUGAUGAUAACAUUCUGAUUUCUUCACUUUCCAACCAACCCGGCCGGCAGGCAUUAUACAAUGUUCCGACAAAUGGGUAUAUUGCUUUAAUACUCCCCAAUGUGACCAAAUAGUCAAAACACUUUGGUUCUCAUCCUAUCAAGACUGUUGAUGAAGGCAAUUAAUUUCAUGGUUUAGUUGAUGAAUGGGCCGAAAGUAAGUGGUCAUGUUCUUCCUUUCUUUCUCAUCACCUUCUCCCAGUUUAUGAUGCGCAUGUAUCAUCGAUAAAUAGAAGAUGGAAUGUAGUAUGGAUUCUAGUA